AAAUAAUUGACAUUUGUGAUUUGACAAUAAAAAUUAAAACCCCAAUCGAUACAAUUCAAAGAAAAACAAAUCACUUUUUCAGAAUCAUAAAAAUGGUGACUUAUUGAGAGCUAGCCAUAACUAUAAAAUCUGCAAAUAUAUCUAGUCUAUACAAUGCUGUUACUUUAUUUUGUUCAAAAAGUUGCAUUUCAAAUGUGUUAAAUUUUAGUAUAAAGCUGAAACCAAAUGAAGCUUAAACGCGGUUAUUACGAUGUUUUUGUGCGAACCUGCGCCAAGUAUCCGUCGAGCAUUGCCGUUAGGCAUUAUGAGGACGGAACCUAUAAGAAUUAUACAUAUUCCGAGCUUUAUGGAGUUUGUGAAUACAUUUCUCAAAACCUACAGCAAUUAAAAUGCAACAAAGGAAUCUUAGGACUUGUGUCCGAGAGGAACAUCAUCAUCCCAUGCGUAAUCGCAGCAGCUCACAAAUGCUGUACAACAUUCAUGUUUUUGGACCCAUCACAAGACAUAGAGACACUGGCUAAUGACAUUAAAUUUACUGUUGUAGUCACUAUCAAAAAGAAAGAAAACAAUGACACUUCAGAAUUAUUUGGCAAGAAGCCCGAUAGGACUGUGUCUGUAUUUGAUUUAAACAUUAAUUUUUACAAUUUUGACCCUGUGAGUCAAAAUAAUAAGUAUGUGCCUCAACAUUCAUUCAUAGCAAUGACGUCAGGAAGCACCGGAGAACCCAAACAUAUCCAAGUACCAAUACAGUGCAUUCAACCUAACAUAGACGACUUGACUAAAAUGUUCAACAUCACUCCACAUGACAUCAUAUAUUUUUCAACCCCACUCACAUUUGAUCCGUCUAUGAUUGAAAUCUUGCUUGCAUGUUCUAAUGGAGCCUCCUUACUUAUUGCGCCUGAAAGAGCUGAUAUAUUAUUCCCUGAAAGUAAGGAAAAUUCAGUCACCUUCUGGCAAACCACACCAUCAAAAUUUUUCCAACAAUCUAAUGCUGAUCUUAAAAAUAAAAUUUUAAGUGCUCAUUCCACACUCAGAAUAUUAGCAUUGGGUGGUGAGCCAUUUAAUGGCAUAAAGAGACUUAAGGAAUUGAAGGAUAGUAACAAUAAAACUAGAAUAUUUACUUUGUAUGGUGUUACUGAGAUGUCAUGCUGGGCCUGUGUUGCCGAAUUGGAUUUAAGCAAGGUAUUAUCGGACAGGGAAGUGCCUCUAGGCAACUGCCUGUCAGAAACACAACUAAUUGUGGAACCAACAAAAGAUAAUAAUAACAUGGGUAAAAUUAUUUUAGUUAGCAAAACAAGAAAAUGUUUUUUGCUUAACAAUUUAAAGGGCAAUGAAGAAGAGAAUUCGUUAAAGUUUGUGGACACUGGUGACAUUGGUGAAAUAAGAAACUGCACUGUUUAUUACAGAGGCCGAAAAGACGAUGUUGUAAAAAGAUUUGGCCAUAAAAUAAAUUUACAGUUGAUUGAGUCCACUAUUAUGCAAUGUCCGAGAGUGAAAACUUGCUCUUGUCUGUGGUUGCCUAAGCCAUUGCUUCUUGUUGUAUAUUUUUCUUCAGAAACAUUAAGUUGCCAAGAACUCAGUGACUUCCUUAAAUGUAAGCUUGAUGAUAAACACUGGCCUGAUAAAGUUGUGCGGGUGGACAACCUGCCUAUAAACCGUCAUGGCAAAAUAUCAAAACAAAUGUUAACCAAAAUGUAUGAACAAGUGGUGCUAGCACCCCAGUCCUUGGACAGUUUAAUAAAGAGAUUUAUGAAAGAACUCAAAGUAUCACUAAACAAAAAUUUAUCUUAUGACCAAAUUAAGGAAAAAAACUUUUAUUCAAUCGGAGGGACCUCAUUUCUUGCGGUAUCAAUUUGUAACAAACUAUCAUUGACUACACCCCAAUUUGGUAAACUACUGCUUCCCUACUUGAUGUCCCAAAAGACCAGUUUGGAAGAAAUUAUGCAAGUAGUUCAAAAAGAAAUAUGUGUUGAGGAGCCAAAAGUCAAAAAGAAAAUAAAAAGAGCUAGAUCUAACUCAGACACAUACACGGACUGUGUAUCCAAUAAGAAAACUAGUAUAGUUAGUGGCAAUAUUCCUGUUGAAUUUAUUGUGCUGUGGACAUUUGACACAGGGAAAUGUGUUGAUGCCUCACCAACAUUGUUUCAAAGUGGAUUCAAUCUUUAUGUAACAGUUGGCAGUCAUUCAGGCAAAAUCAUCGUAGUGGAAGCGAUAGGCGGCAACUUGCAAGGUAUGAUAACGCUAAAAUCACGAGUGGAAGCAUCAGUCCUCUGUUACCAUGAGGAACCCGUGACGUCACCGUGUGGCGUCGUCGGCACCUACGACGGAACUAUAGUGUGCUUCACUCUCGAAAACUGCAUAGAAUUGUGGAGAAUCAACAUAGCAUCUAUGAUAAAAAGCAAGGCUACGUGCCUAAACGGAAUCGUUUAUGUCGCCGCGUACGACGGAAACAUACGAUGCAUUGAUAUACUGACGGGCGCUAUCAAGGACACAAUACAAGUCGGCGACCAGGCGAUAUCAGCGGAUUUAGUGCUAGCUAAAAAUGAAUAUGUAUUACUAGGUACAUUGUCUGGCGUCUGUGCUAGCAUACAUAUAAAAACUAACACCAUAGCCUGGCGAGGAACAUUGAGCAGCCCAGUGUUCGCAAGCCCCGUCCUUUACGACAGCGACAAAUACGUUGUGUUCGCUGAGGUAAAUGGUGAAAUACAUUGCAGGACAGUUGAGAAAGGCAUUAAGAUAUGGAAAUACCAAGGUGCAAGAGGCAAUAUUUUCUCUUCAAUAUAUGUGAAAGAAAUAGAGAAACUGAAAUGGCAAAUGGUAUUUGGCUGUCAUGACAACAAGGUGUACAGCAUCAACAUAAAGAAUUUUCAACCGAGUUUGAUGUGGAAGUCUGAACUGACUUCUCCAGUGUACUCCACACCAUGUGGCUUGAGUGACAAACUAAUAUUAGCUGCUUCUAAUAAUGGAAAACUUUGUGUCAUUGAUUCUGAAAAUGGCGCUGUACUGGCUGAGCAUCAUCUACCAAAUGAAACAUUUUCAUCACCAGCAGUUUAUGGUGAUUAUAUAUUUAUUGGAUGCAGAAAUGAUCAUCUGUAUUCAUUGAAAUAUGUGUUAAAUACGUAACAAAGGCCUUCUAUGUGUGAAAUUAUAGUGGCAUAAAUUAUUUAUUUAUUUAAGCAUAAUUAAAUUACAGAUGUGACUUCUAAAUAAAUUUAUAUCUAUACCAAUCUAACAGUUGUUAUUCAAUAAGUAAAAACAGAUGGUUUCAUAUGAUUGGUGUUAACCACAAAUAAAACAAGUGUAUCAUAUAAUGUAACUUUAUUUAUGAUCUUACACAGAACAUAUAGAUAUAGUGAGCAUUCAUAUCAGAAUUUUGACGAGUUACAAACAUGAUAUGAUUACAGGAUCAAAUAAUGUACCAAAAUGGAAUGCAUGUCAUUUGAUACAGUUAACCUAACACCUCACUCGUGCAGAUCAUCUUGUAGCAUUGUAUACUUACAAAUAAUAAAAGCAAUCAUUAAAUUGACAAAUAAAUCCUUUAAAUAACAA